CACCUCAUUAGUCGAUCAUUGCGACUGCGACGGCAUUCGGCCACUACGAUCGAUCGACCGACCGCGGUGUUUGAUGGCCGACCCGAAGCGCAAGACGGCAGCGGAGGAUCACGAGGUGUCGGCGAAGGCGGAGUUAGUGGGCCACAAGGUGGACGCCGAGUUUGAGCCUGAGGCGAACAAGAAGGAUGCCAAGCAGGCGGAGGCCGGAGAGGGUGAUAGGCCCGUCCGAGUCUACGCCGACGGAAUCUACGAUCUCUUCCAUUUCGGCCACGCCAGAUCCCUCGAACAGGCGAAGAAAGCGUUUCCAAACACAUAUCUUCUUGUGGGUUGUUGCAACGACGAAAUAACGCAUAAAUACAAAGGAAAGACUGUCAUGACAGAAUCUGAGCGUUAUGAGUCACUGCGUCACUGCAAAUGGGUUGAUGAAGUUAUACCUGAUGCACCUUGGGUAAUCACACAGGAGUUCCUUGACAAACACAAGAUUGAUUACGUAGCUCAUGAUUCUCUCCCAUAUGCUGAUGCAAGUGGAGCUGGCAAAGAUGUAUAUGAAUUUGUUAAAGCUGCUGGGAAAUUUAAAGAAACUAAACGGACAGAAGGAAUUUCUACAUCUGAUCUAUUAAUGAGGAUAGUUAAAGAUUACAACCAGUAUGUGAUGCGUAACUUGGCAAGGGGAUAUACAAGGAAGGAACUAGGUGUCAGCUAUAUGAAGGAAAAACGUUUGAGGGUGAACAUGGAAUUUGAGAAGUUGUAUGACAAAGUUAAAGAGAAGCAAGAAAAAGUAGGGAAGAAGUUGAGCGUGCUUCAUGAUGAGUGGGUGGAAAAUGCAGAUCGCUGGGUUGUUGGUUUUCUUGAGAAGUUCGAGGAAGGUUGUCAUCAAAUGGGAACUGUGAUCAAGGAGCGAAUUCAGGAGAGCCUUUUGAAGGGGCAAAAAGAAUUUAGUUUGUUGUAUUACGAUGAGGAGGAGGAUUAGCAAAGGUUUCAGCAUUUUAGGAGUAGUUAUGACAUUGUCAAAACAGAACGAUAGGUUCAUUGUUAUCUUUACAAUGUGGUUUGUAACCAUCAUCUUCUUUUCCUGCGUUCAUGUAAUGUACGCUGAAUCUCAUUCUCUGCUUCGUUGUUUUUUUUACCAAUGUCCACUAGAACCAUGAAAGACACUUGUUAUUAUCUUCUUGAUCGAUAGGCACAAUCUUCAAAAUCU